UUCAUAACAUUCCUCUGAGUUUAAAAAGUUCACUUACUGCUCAUAAUUUGAAGACGGGAGGAGUUUCUCUGCUCUUUUUCGGGUUGACACAACUUUUCACAACUUCACACAAACUUGAUGGACUCCCCUUAUGAAGGAGAAAGACAGAUGCGUUCGAUUUAAACACCGGGUUAGCCCGAAGCAUUCGUGGGGCACGAACACUGAGCGUCAGGCAGCAGAUUGCUUUUUAUUGUGUACUGUUAAACGUUGACAUUAUACUUUGACCAUAAAGUUAAAGACUAAUGCAUGUAAACUACAUUAAUUUACAUUUUGCACUUCAUUUAGAACGAUUCUAGUUGAUUUACAGUCGGAUGUAAUUAAAAGGUCAUUUUAACACACAAUAGUGGAAAUACCGGUUAUCAGAACAGUUGACCACAUGACCAAACCUUAACAGCAUCACAUUGUGAAAGGAUAUUAAAAAAAAUAAAGAACGUUAUAUCUUAAAUUCUGGUCAAUUCUAAUACACGUUGGCAGCUUUGCUGUUUACUGUACUACUGCAAUGACCCUGUAGAGAAAAAGAAGCGCACCCCUCUGUCAGCUACUUGCGAAGGAUUGUUGCUUUCCUCCAAUGGAACAAGUCGUUUUUGCCAACGAGCUUAAACAAACCAAUGUGAUUGGCCUAACGCGGAGAAUUGGGCGGGACAAAGCAAGCUUUUUGCAGGAUGUGUCGAAGCUGCAUCUCACGCUGAGAGAACUGUUGAGUUUCAGAUGAGAUGCAAAGUCACUUCCUACAGUCUGCUCAAACUCUCUUAAUGUUCCGCGCAAAUUCAGCAACACAUGCAGGCCAGCUGACAAGGACCACAACAAUUAACACGAAACUGCACUGAUGACUUUCACCGUAAAGUCAUCAGUGAAACCCAAAGCAGGCUGGAUGCAGUUUGAGGGUUUGCUAAAGAUCGCAGAUCAGUUUCAGGGAUCUCAGCCUGCGACAACAGGAAACGAGAGAAAAAGCGCCACUGACACAACUGAAACCUGCCUCCAUGAAGUAGGACUAGUCUACAUCAUUCAGCUAAAUAUACAGCCUGGAGACACCUGUCCAUCGCUUAUAUCAUGGAUCACACAAAGCUUUGACUCCAUGUUCUGUCUGUGAUCUGAGGCGAUGGAGAGCCCACCCUCCACAGUGCGGCGGAGGGCCUGGAUCAACAGCCGCCGGCAGCGCUCCACUCUGGAGCCGGACCCCGAGGGGCCGUUAUGUACCCUCCCCUCGGCCUCUGUAGCCGACGACGACGACGUCUUCUCUGACGGAUGCUUUACUGGAAAGAUCGAGAAUUGGCUCCAGAGUUGUGGGGCAGAGGCCUGCUCAGAGACCACGGAUCAGCUGAGUUUUGACUCUGAGCUGAAAGCCAGGAAAUGUGACGAUGAACUCAAUCUUGGUGCUGAUGCGUCUUUGUUAAAUGGUGGGGAGAUAUCAUCUAAAGCUUGCCUCGCACAGCAUCCUUCUUCCAAACCAGGUCCCGGCAGACUCACCAGUACCCCUCGUAAGGAACAAUGUCUGCCGAAACUAAACUUGGGCCACAGCAUGGCCUCCAGCUGCCUCUCCUCCUCCACCUUUAAAACUACAUCGAGUAUCUCAGAGGUCCUGCAGCUGUGUGCUGAGGAUGCGGAGGAGACGCUGUACGAGCUGGGUUUUGGCCGUGACGAGCCUCAGGUCACUGUCCGCAUCCCUCCUCGCUUCUUAAACUUUCCUUCUCUGUCUCGGGGCAUCAACUUCCGGGUUUUCCUGGACUCUCAGAUACGGCGGAUACGAGAGGAAGACCCAAGCCUCUCUCUUGCUAGUCGUUUCAGACAAGUGCAAGUCCUCACAGCAAUGGCCAACGCUUUCUACUCCCUCUACUCCCACGUGUCCCGCACUCCUCUGCAGAAACUGGCCACACCAGAGUUCACCUUCUCCUCGUCUCCUGUGGAGAAGAUCGAGCGCUUCAGAGGCAGCAUCCGCAGCGAGGUGCGCUCUCCGGUGGAGCGGCUGAAGGACACCGUCUCCAAGAUGUGUCUCUACACAGGCUCUCCUCGAGGGUCAGACUCCACCUCUCCACAGCCCUCACCCAGGAAAAGGGCCAACCUCCCUGAUGUUGUGGGUAUAGUCCUGGAGAAACACAAGAGUGGGGCUACAAAGAAACUGGAUUUGGGGGAUUAUGAUAGGAGCAACUUGGAUGUCAGGCUGUUUAUGGAUGGGGAUACAUCCUGUGACAGUGGGAAGGAGGCACAAACACAGCAGAGCAUGGAGGAUGAAGACAUUCUUCAAAAUGGAAAUACAACCUGUCAUAAGAUGCAGGGCUGCAAACAAACAGAUAAUGUUGAUGCAGAUGAAAACAGUGUCAGAGCAGCAGACCUUGACAGCAGGACUCACAGUGUAACAUCUCUAGCGUCAUCAGUAUCAGGAGAAACUGUGAUAGAAACCGAGCUGGACUCAUGUGCAUCUCAAAGAGAGACUGGCACUGCUGAUCUGAAACCAGUUGCUAAGAUGACGUACGAUCUAAUCUGCCUGCAGAUAGUUGAGAGUGUACACCAGGCGCCUUUCUGCUGUCAACAGACAAUUAUUCCAAAAACAAACACUUGUAUCUCCUCUGAGAAAGUAAGCAUAGAUGGAUCUCAUGAACCUGAUAUACAAAUCUCUAUCCCUGAGCCUGACACCCAACAGACUCGUGCACCUGGAUCACUUCCUGUCCUGGCCCCCUACGGAGACCCCACCCAGUGCUGCAUCACUGUGACGGGCUGGGAGGGGGGCGGCAUCUCUCCUCAUUCCUCAAAUGCAAUAGAUGCCGGUCAUGCUUCUACUGUAAUGCCUCUGCAGAAAUGUGAGGAGUCAUUUAUCAAGGGGAGAAGCCGGUACCUGAAUCCCCUGACUCGUCACAUCCUGGGGCACGACUCCAACCCUCUGCAACAGGUCAACUCCUUCGAGCUGGAGGAGGUGCAUAGUGCAGGAGAGGAAGAUUUUGUUAAAUCUGAAACGACGACAACAACCCCCCUGUCGUCUAAAGGUGAGAUGGUCCGGGGCGACAGCAUGCAGUCAGACAGCAGCGGCUAUGCAGAUGAAGAAGUUAGCCCUUCAUCAAACAGAUGACGGAAACAACUGAAUUUCAUCUCAUUUCUCACCUGUCGACUAUUUCCUGCACCAAAUGUUGUUUCUAAACAGAGGCUUAAGAUGUGAUGAUUCUGUAAAAAACGUAGUUACGUGAGAGAAUUUUUUUCACAAUAAGACUUCCGGACAUGCAAAUCAUUAAGUUUCUCCCCAGUGCUCAUACAGACUGUAAAUAAGUAACAAUAAAACUAUUGUAGUUCAAAGGGUU